AUGGAUACUAUCACGUCCGAUCACGAACUCAUCAGAAAUGCAAUCGCAAACGUUGCAAUUUCAUUCGACAUGAACACCUUUGAGAAUCUUCGCAAUUCAUUUACAAAAGACUGUGUAGCGGAUUAUACAGGUUCUCUCGGUCUGAUGAAUGGCAUUGCCACUGUAAUCCAGCAAUUGCAGAAGACUAUCGGGCACGUCAGUACUUUCCAUAGCUUGAGCACACAAGUGAUUCGGCUCACUGGAGAUAACACGGCUGAAGCUACCACGUACGUCACAGCAAGCCACUUUGCCGACGACAAGUCGUUUUUUGCCGAAGCCAGAUAUCUCGAUAAACUUGUGAAGGUGACUGAGGGGGUAAAUGUGAAGUGGCUGAUUGAUCAUCGAUUGACUACCAUGAUGGGUGUUCCGAGGGGUGAUGUCUCUAUAUUCAACAUGGACUUGGAGGGGUGGGCAGCCAGCCUAAAGGCUUGA